AUGCAAUUUAAGAAAUGGAUUGCAGAGUUAGAAAAACUCUUUGCAGAUGUCAUCUUUGUUGCUCUCAGUCUUUCUUUGCUGCAAUUCUCCUUUUCUCUUUCCUGGCUGCUAAUUGGAUUAAAGACUGUUUUGCCAACCAUGGCAUCUGGAGAUGACAGUCCUAUCUUUGAAGAUGAUGAAAGCCCUCCUUACAGCCUGGAAAAAAUGACAGAUCUCGUAGCUGUUUGGGACGUUGCUUUAAGUGAUGGAGUCCAUAAGAUUGAAUUCGAACAUGGGACCACAUCAGGCAAACGAGUGGUAUAUGUAGAUGGGAAGGAAGAGAUAAGAAAAGAAUGGAUGUUCAAAUUAGUGGGCAAAGAAACCUUCUGUGUUGGAGCUUCAAAGAUGAAAGCAACCAUAAAUAUAGAUGCUGUCAGUGGUUUUGCUUAUGAAUAUACUCUGGAAAUUAAUGGGAAAAGUCUCAAGAAGUAUAUGGAGAACAGAUCAAAAACCACCAAUACUUGGGUAUUACAUUUGGAUGGUGAGGACUUUAGAGUUGUGCUGGAAAAAGACACUAUGGAUGUAUGGUGCAAUGGUAAAAAAAUGGAGACAGCAGGUGAGUUUGUAGAUGACGGGACUGAAACUCACUUCAGUAUUGGGAACCAUGACUGUUACAUAAAGGCUGUCAGUAGUGGGAAGCGGAAAGAAGGGAUUAUUCAUACUCUCAUUGUGGAUAAUAGAGAAAUCCCAGAGCUUCCUGAAUGACUUCAUGUUAAUGAAUUUUAAUCUUAAGAAGUAAAGAUCAGGACUUUUAAAUUACUGUGGUGAUUAAAUAUGUUCAGUAUGUACUUUUUAGUACAUCUAGUCGCCAUGUUUUUAUUUUUUAGUUACCUGAAACUGUAAUGUUCCAAAGGUCAGGAAAAAAAAAUUAUGUAUCAUAAAUAUUGCAAUUUAUUUUGUAAAUAAUGUAAAAUGUUUUAACGUCACAUGGAAAAUAAGAUAUGGACCAAAAAUCACUAGUGUUUUACAAAAGCAACUUUUACUAUAAUAAAUGCUAUAAAAUAAAAU